UCACUUAUUAAGUCAGCUGACUAACUUGUGAUAAGUCCUGAAUUUUUCACAAAAUUUGUUCGUUCUCUCGUGAGUUGAGUGGGUGGUGGUUCAGCGAGAAUACUUAUUUUUAUAACUGUUCAUAAACAUGUCGAAGUUACCUAAAAUUGGUGACGAGGAGAGAGAACAGCAGUAUGGUUAUGUACAUGCUGUGUCUGGUCCAGUCGUUACGGCUAAUGAAAUGUCUGGAUCAGCUAUGUACGAAUUGGUUCGUGUAGGUUAUAGUGAACUGGUUGGAGAAAUUAUUCGUUUGGAAGGGGACAUGGCUACCAUUCAAGUAUAUGAAGAAACAUCAGGUGUAACAGUAGGUGAUCCAGUAUUGCGAACUGGUAAGCCUCUAUCUGUAGAACUUGGACCAGGUAUUAUGGGUUCUAUUUUUGAUGGUAUUCAACGUCCAUUGAAAGACAUCUGUGACAUGACAGAGAGUAUCUACAUUCCUAAAGGUGUUAACGUUCCUGCUCUUUCAAGAACACAGAAAUGGGAGUUUAGCCCUCUAAAUAUAAAGUUGGGCUCCCAUUUAACUGGAGGUGAUAUAUAUGGUAUUGUACAUGAGAAUACCCUUGUGAAACACAAAAUGCUUUUGCCACCUAGAGCCAAAGGUACAGUUACCUAUGUCGCGGAUCCUGGAAAUUAUUCUGUGGAUGAAGUAGUAUUAGAGACGGAAUUUGAUGGAGAUCGUACCAGGUUCACUAUGUUACAAGUCUGGCCUGUACGUCAACCUCGACCUGUAAGUGAAAAACUUCCAGCCAAUCACCCACUUCUCACUGGACAGCGUGUACUUGAUUCUUUGUUCCCCUGUGUGCAAGGAGGAACUACUGCCAUCCCCGGAGCUUUCGGUUGUGGCAAAACUGUAAUUUCCCAGUCCCUUUCCAAAUACUCCAACUCGGAUGUUAUUGUCUAUGUAGGUUGUGGAGAAAGAGGUAACGAAAUGUCUGAAGUAUUGAGAGAUUUCCCUGAACUGACUGUUGAAAUUGGUGGUGAAACUGAGUCCAUCAUGAAGCGUACUGCUCUAGUAGCUAAUACAUCUAACAUGCCUGUAGCCGCUCGAGAAGCUUCUAUCUACACAGGAAUCACCUUGUCAGAGUACUUCCGUGAUAUGGGUUACAACGUAUCGAUGAUGGCUGACUCCACAUCGCGUUGGGCUGAGGCUUUGAGAGAAAUUUCAGGUCGUCUGGCUGAAAUGCCUGCCGAUUCCGGCUACCCAGCUUACUUGGGUGCUCGUUUGGCUUCCUUCUACGAACGUGCCGGUCGUGUCAAGUGCCUCGGUAAUCCUGACAGGGAAGGUUCGGUAUCUAUUGUAGGAGCCGUGUCUCCACCUGGUGGUGAUUUCUCAGAUCCUGUCACAUCUGCUACCCUCGGUAUCGUACAAGUGUUCUGGGGUUUGGAUAAGAAACUGGCUCAACGUAAGCAUUUCCCCUCCAUCAACUGGCUUAUCUCCUACUCUAAAUAUACAAGGGCUUUGGACGACUUUUACGACAAGAACUUCCCUGAAUUUGUUUCGCUUAGAACCAAAGUUCGUGAAAUCUUGCAGGAAGAGGAAGAUUUGUCAGAAAUCGUACAGUUGGUCGGAAAAGCCUCCUUGGCCGAGGCGGACAAAAUCACCCUGGAAAUUGCCAAACUGCUGAAGGAGGAUUUCUUGCAACAAAACUCCUACUCCUCCUACGACAGAUUCUGUCCCUUCUACAAAACUGUGGGCAUGCUUAAAAACAUGAUUGGAUUGUACGACAUGUCCAGGCACGCUGUAGAAACCACCGCUCAAUCCGAAAACAAGAUCACGUGGACCGUGAUCAGAGAUUCCAUGAGCAACAUUUUGUACCAACUCAGCAGUAUGAAAUUUAAAGAUCCCGUCAAAGACGGAGAAGCGAAAAUCAAGGCAGAUUUCGAUCAGCUCUACGAAGAUAUCCAGCAAGCCUUUAGAAACUUAGAAGAUUAAAUUUUGAGUUUACAAAUUUAUAUGGUAGCACCUUAGAAUUGAGAGUGCAGAUGUCCGAUAAUUUUGGAACAUGAGUAUUUUAAAUGCAGAUGUCCGAGUUUUUCAAUUGUAAGGUGUGUAGUAUUUUUAAAUCAGGCCUCUACAUUUAUCUAAUUGUUGUGUAUAUUUUUUAAAAGACCUGGCCAUAAAGCAACCGUGGUUAAAUAAGGGCUUCUCCUUCGAUAUUAUUAUGUACAGUGUAUUGUAAAUUAAGUAGAUUAGUUUCGGACAUCCUAAAUUAAAAAUCAAUUGUAAAUUUAUUCCUUUCAUUCCAUUUAUUUUUAAGCUUUUUUUCUUGAUUUUGGUCGAACGUGGUGCUUAUUACAUAUUUCCAGUAUUAUUUAAAAUUGUUACGGUAUAUUUGCCUCUUUUGGAACAAUUUACAUGUUAUAAAGCUGUUAUAUAUUAUAUUUUAUCAUGUUUUUAACAAUCUAUCAUGUAUCUAAUUAUUGUACAGUUUACUAAAUGUAUCAGAUAUCAAGUAGUUUUAAUUAGAGCGUUAAGUGUAGUGCAAUUGUUCUAUUUUGAACAGAAAUAAAUCCUUUGUUGUUUCUU